AUGAACGAGAACAAUCCUCCUCGAACGGCUUCUGCCGACGUGGAGCCGAAGCAUGCAUCGACUGCUAGAUGGACACCCGCCAACGGCAUCGAAGCAGUCACGACUGUGACCCCGGCAAGCGCAAGUUCGGAUGAACCGAGAUCACCACCUGCAAAGAGAAGGAGAGAGGAGCGUGAGAGGAGUAGGGUCAGAAGACUGCCUUCUGUCAUUGUCGACGAUCCCGCGAUAGCCUCAGAUGCACUAGCCUCAAGACGGAAAGAGAGCUUAGCCUCUGGGACGUCUGCGAAAGAAGAGACUGCGAUAUCGACAACACAGUUCCCACGCAUUUAUCCUAGUCCUCUGACUCCUAUCGACCCGCAGAGUUAUUCGAAUCCUGAAAACUCCGAAUCAAACGCUCUAGGCAUGGCUACAGACCAGAUCAAUCGCCCUUCCUCGCGAGAUUCUCCGGUACCUCAGGGCGCCCAACGAGAUCAAGAAGGCCACUAUGUUGGCUCUUCAAGCGCAGCAUCGUUUCUCAUCCGUAUUCAGAAGCGUCUGCACACGAAUUCCUCCUUGUCGCAUGACUCUACCAUCUUCACCUUUGGCGACGCUCCCCUCCCUGAGUUUGAUCUUUCCAUCUUCGUUCCACCACCAAAGCCUGAUGCGCAGAGGCUUGUGGAGCGAUAUUUCGACUAUGCAGCACCGACUCAUCGCUUUCUUCAUCGACCAACGAUUGAACAGCUUGUCGAGGAGUUCUAUGACACCCAAGGCGAGAUGAGAAGUAAAGAAGAUGGCAAAGCAAAAGUUGCAUUCGCUCGAUACUUCCGCGCAGCCGAAGCGCAACUAUUGCAAGAACGCGGCGCCGUAAGGCUAGCGAGCGUUCAGGCACGACUGCUGCAAUGUUUCUACCUCCUGACACAAUCCCGUAUCAACCACUGCUGGAGUCUCUUCGGCGAACUCUCGCAUCUCGCCUUCGCUAUCGGCCUGAAUCGUGGAAGGAAAUGCGAUCCUUCGACCAAGGUGGACUAUGUAGAGAUCGAGAGCCGAAGACGCCUAUUUUGGGUGGCAUACUCACUAGACAAGUACCUCGCCGCUGCUCUAGGUCGUCCACGGACUUUCAAGGACGAGGAUAUCGAUCAAGAGCUGCCUACCAUCAUCAACGACAACGAUCUCCAACCGAACUACAUCAACCUACCCUCGCGGCUUACUUAUUCCCUAAUGACAGCCCCUGUUGAGCACAUUAAAUUGACACGCAUCGUGUCUCUCGUGCUACGAGACCUUUACUCAAUUCGCCCGCCCAGUCUGGCCUUGCGCAUCGAGCUGUCGUCGAAAUAUACAUCAGAACUGCACGCGUGGAAGAAUUCCCUGUCAGGAUUUCUUUCCGGUUCGACCUCGAUAGACCGUAUCGACAACCAGUUGCUCAUACCAGUCUACCAGCGUCAGCGUUCGGUGCUCAAUCUGGCGUACCACCAUGCGCUGUUGCUCAUCCACCGACCCUUCUUACUGCGAGACUUCGCGAGUCUGACCCAUAUGGGCACCCAUCCCAACUGGAGCGCCGGACUCAGCACAACGUAUGACGCAUCGGCAAACAUCACCGCUUGCCUCGAAGCUGCCAUGUCUAUUGUACGCUCGGUAGAUGACGUGUUCAAGGCGUCUAACCUCUUCCGCUCUUUUUGGUUCACCCAGUACUACGCCUUCUGUGCGGUGGUAGUGCUAUACAUCCAUCGCAUUCAGCAGGGCUUGGGUGUGAAGACCAAAGUAGAAUGCGAGGGAUAUUUCGAGGCUGGUGUCAAAUGUCAGAGGCAACUGGAGACAGUUAGUGAUACCGACUGCCUUGCGCAUCGUUAUUGUGUCGUGUUGGAAGAGCUUAGGACUGAGGCAGUACGCCAGUCAGGCAGAUUAUCGACGCCAGUAGCCGACAAUGCCAGCUUCCAGGACACAUCGCUCCUCUCGUUACCAAUGUCGGCUCCAAACCCCGAUUCCGUCGCGCCUGCGGCGAAUCUGCCACCCCUGAUGUACAGCAGCAACAACAGUAACAUCGACAUCUCCGAUAGCGCAGCAGUAUUCAACAACACUAAUAACAACGCGACUAACCCUACGUUCUCGUUCGAUCUACUCGACUGGUCCGACUUCGCUAGCUGGGGACAGUUCGAGGGCCUUGUGACGGCCGGCAAUGGUUCCUUCGAUCCGGUAACGCAGAGCGAGAAUGACUUCUGGUUUGGGUCUUGA